UUUCUUUCUUCCUUCUUCCAUCCCCAUGAUAAAAAAGGAAACGAACCCUUCCUUCAGUUCCACCUCCUCCAUCUUCUUCCAACACUCUGUUCCUGAGCCAGAGCACAGAGAUCAUGGAGAACAACAUUAACCCAGCUGGUGCAAGUUCGUCUGCAACAAGAGCCGCCGACAGGAAAACCAUCGAGAGGAACCGAAGGAACCAAAUGAAAGAGCUCUACUCCCAGCUCUGCUCUCUCCUCCCGCCACGCCAAACUACUCGGGAGAGGAAGGACAGUCUGGUCGCGAGGAAUAGCGGACGCGUCCACCGGCGGAAUGGCGGCGGCGGCGGUGUGAAUCGGCGGCUGCCGCGGGUUGAGGUCAGGGUGCUCGGUUCGGCCCUGGAGGUGGUUUUGGUGACCGGGUCGGAUUCGUCGCCGUCGGUGUUCAAUGAGAUGAUCCGAGUGAUCGAGGAGGAAGGUGGCGAGGUCGUGAAUGCUAGCUUCUCUGUUGCUGAGGAUUUGGUUUUCCAUACCAUACACUCUAAGGUUGGAGAUGGCAAUGGGGCAGGGUGUGGAGCGAUAGUGGGAAUGAUAUCUGCGAGACCCAAAGAUUUAUCCAAGUUUAUUGGGUUGGAGAGCUGUGACGUUUCUGAAUAUUUCGGCCCAACACUGAUCUGCUUACUGGAAGACAAGCUUCUAUUAGGGUUUUCUAUUCUCUCCAAUCUUCUCCGUCGAAGUCCCCAAACCUCUCGUCCUCUUUUCCUUCAGCUAGGGUUUUCGAUUCCUCCGGCGAAUCCUCAGUGUUCACUACUCAGAUCGGAGAAAAUGGCCUUCGAAGUCGGCGCCGUCCCGUUUAAUCCCGACGGCUGGGGUCCACCCGACGCCACCACGGCCACCACCAAAUCCUCGUCUCUCCCGCUCAACGUCCCCUUCGCUCCCUUCUCUCGUGCCGAGAAGCUCGGCCGAAUCGCCGACUGGACUCGCAACAAUCCGAACGCUGGAAGGCCUAACGCCGGGAAGAACGCAUCCGAUUCGGUAUUCGACUUCACCGCCGACGAUUCCUUCCCCUCCUCCGGCGGAGGAGGAGAUGAGGACUUCCGCCUCGUCGACGGGAAGCUUCCUACUCGGCCGAAAUUCGGCCCCAAGUGGCGGUUCAACCAGCACAGGCCGCAGCUCCCUCAGCGUCGCGACGAGGAGGUCGAGGCGAAGAAGCGGGAGGCAGAGAAGGAGAGGGCAAGGCGGGACAGGCUGUACAAUCUCAACCGGUCGAACCAGAACCAGCAGCGUCGAGAGGCGGCGGCGUUCAAGUCGUCGGUGGAUAUUCAGCCAGAGUGGAACAUGUUGGAUCAGAUCCCCUUCUCGACUUUCUCCAAGCUGUCGUUCGCCGCUCCCGAGCCGGAAGAUCUGCUCCUCUGCGGUGGAUUGGAGUUCUAUGAUCGGACCUACGACAGAGUCACGCCCAAGAACGAGCGCCGGCUGGAGAGGUUCAAGAAUCGAAAUUUCUUCAAGGUUACCACCACCGAUGAUCCGGUGAUUCGUAGGCUGGCAAAUGAGGACAAAGCUACCGUCUUUGCGACUGAUACUAUUCUGGCCACUCUGAUGUGUGCUCCAAGGUCAGUUUAUUCCUGGGAUAUUGUGGUUCAGCGAGUUGGGAACAAGCUCUUCUUUGACAAGCGCGAUGGUUCCCAGCUCGAUUUGCUUGCGGUCCACGAGACCUCACAGGAGCCUUUGCCCGAGGCGAAGGACGAUAUAAACUCUGCUUAUUCGUUGAGUGUUGAAGCUGCUUACAUUAACCAGAAUUUCUCCCAGCAAGUGCUGGUUAGGGAUGGGAAUAAGGUUGCUUUUGAUGAACCGAACCCUUUUGCCAGUGAGGGUGAGGAAGUUGCCUCUGUGGGCUAUAGGUAUAGGAGGUGGAAGCUUGAUAACGAAAUGUACCUGGUUGCUCGUUGUGAGGUGCAGAGUGUCGCUGAAGUUAAUAACCAGAGGUCGUUCAUGACCCUGAAUGCACUUAACGAGUUUGACCCAAAGUAUUCGGGUCUUGACUGGAGGCAGAAGCUGGAGACUCAAAGAGGUGCAGUUUUGGCUACUGAGCUUAAGAAUAACGCUAACAAGUUGGCCAAGUGGACUGCACAGGCACUGUUAGGUAGUGCCGAUAUGAUGAAAUUGGGAUAUGUUUCUAGAGUUCAUCCAAGGGACCAUUUCAACCAUGUGAUUCUGGCUGUUGUUGGUUACAAGCCCAGAGAUUUUGCUGCACAGAUUAAUCUGAACACUUCGAACAUGUGGGGUAUUGUGAAGAGUAUUGUGGACUUGUGUAUGAAGCUGAAUGAGGGUAAGUAUGUGCUGGUGAAAGAUCCUUCUAAACCUCAAGUGAGAAUCUACGAGGUUCCUGUGGAUGCGUUCGAGAAUGAUUAUGUUGAGGAGCCGUUGCCCGAGGAUGAGCAGGUCCAGCCACCUGCUGAGGGUGUGGAGAAUGGCGAGGCAAAUGGUAUUGUCGAUGAUUUAGAAGAUAAGAAAAUUGAAGCUACUGUAGCUUAA